AUGGCACACUCAGAACAUAAUCAAGUACACAUCAGUCGAAAGUGCCAGCACAUCUCUACUCUUCGCUCUGGACCCAAGCGUUCUUUGCAUCGCCCAAGUGAACAAAAAUUACAUCAACAAGCACGGCGUCAACAACGACAGACUUCUCAAGAAUUAGAGCCUUUGCAUACAACCGGUCCUCGUGUUACCACCGUUGUAACAAUGACACCAACAUCACCAAUAUCUGCAUCAAAUGGCAAGCAAAUUGUUGGUACAACAAUAGUACAGCAAGAUGUAAAAGGAUCGACCAGUGAGCAGGACAAGAUCGAAGUACGGGAAAAACAAAGCUCUGGUUCGAAAAGAGCUCGUGUCCAGCAGGCUGAACACAGAGAAAGUUCGACGCCAAGGGAAGCGAGUAAAGGACAUGGGAGCAGACGUAAUAGUGGAAGCAAUAAUCGACGUCCUUCACAAGGAAACACUCCCUACAUCUUACGAUCACAAACACAACAGAUAGAAUACAUCGAAAUAACGGAUGAAGAAACAGACCUUGAACAGAAAUCUGGCGAUGCAUCGGAUGAGGACCGUGAUAAUUGGCGCGACACGCAGGACGGGUCGACUAAAUCGCCGGGAUCCAACUCUGCAGUCACCUCAUCAACCACCGGUGUCCGUCGUGUCUCUCAGACCCUUCCUCUAUAUCACCACUGCAACCACCAUCAUCGCCAUCACCACCAGCGAAUUUGCGACGAAGGCUCGUCCUCAAUUUUGCUUAACACUCGUGACGUCCACCAGACCCAUACUCGCAACUACUCAUCACCCUCUCUACUGGACUCUUUCACAUCACCAGAUCCGAUGUUAUCACCCAUUCAAUCAUAUUUUGGCUCGGAUCCCAACUCACCUGCAUCCUCUUUCUCUUUGCCAAGGCAUGACCACUACCCCAGACUAACCAUCGAUCCAUCUGCUUCAAUGGAUGGCUAUCAUGGUUUUGCAACUCACCCCUGGAGUGAGCAGAGCACCACACCAUCACGCGCCUUAUCCCACCGAUGGACUCGUCGACUGAGUCAAUCGGAUCUUCAUCCUGACUCAUCUAGCAAUACUACGAACUCUAGGGGCGCCAACAGUAGAGCCAACCCAAGGCAACGUCACUCCAGCAUUGGUAUCCCAAGAUCUUUUACAGCUGCGACUGCUGAUCAGCUGUGGGACACUACAUCUUCCAAUAUGGAGACAUCCAUUGCGCCAGACGAGUCGAUCGACACAGAACAUGAUUUGGUCCCAUUAGAUGAUGCCCCACAGGAUUCUGAAUACGAAUCUAAUGUUGAUGAGAACUAUGAGGGAUAUGAAUCAACACAUGACCAUCAAUUCGACCAUGACUAUAUUUCACGAGACUCUGAUAAUGAGGAGGACAUGGAUCAAGACGUGAGCUAUUCAUAUGACCUUCAAGAUUCAAGUGUUGAUAUGAAUGAUGAUAGGACCGAGGAGACUGAGGAUGAUACGGAGUCUGGACCGAAUGAAGAUGUGGAAGGAUCUGACGAUGAUGACGAAGAAGAGAGCGAUCAAGACAUGGCAGACAGUUCCAAUUUUAUAUAUACUACACCAUCCGCAUUUUCACAUUCAAGUCAGCCUUCUACGCGACAUCGGGACUCGAGGUCUUCGCGAAAUGCUGGAGGAAGAGAGCAUGUGCAAUCGAAUGAGUCAGAUGAAGCUCUUGCGCGAAGGCUUCAAGAAGAAGAAUAUACGGCAAUGUUGGGAGAAAGCAGCCUUAUAGGUCAUCUCACCAUGGCUCUGUCAAGAAAUCGAUCUCUCAGAACUCGAAGACGGCAUUCAUCCGCUUAUCGAACGAAUGUCGCUCGAAAUCGUACUGAUAAUGGGACGUUUUUGAGUCAAAGUGAUCAAUAUGUACAUCCUUGGAUGAUGGAUAAUAUGCGCUCACGCAUUAGAGGAGCAGAUACAAGGACUUCAGCAAGGUUAUUAGGGUUGAGAUCUACCUUUAUUGGACAUCAUGUGUUACGACAGUCCAGGAAUGAGCACUACCUUAGCAGCAUGAACAACAUGUGGGGAAGUCCUGCCGAUUAUCUUUAUGAUGACCAAGUUGAUGAUAGUUAUGAAGGACUCUUGAGGCUAAGCGAGCGAAUUGGCGACGCCAAGCCAAAGGGGGUACCCUCGCAUGUCUUGAAAAUGACAGACAAGUACAUUAUCACUUGGAAGCCCAAAAAGGUUAAGAAUAUGACACUCUCUAUGUCUGCUGGAUGCACGUUAUCAGACUCCAAAGACACUUCCGGUGUCUCAGCACCAUCGCCAUCGCCAGCUUAUCGAUCGAGAUUUUCCUCAAGGUAUUCAUUGCGUAGGAAUGAUGCGUCGCUGUCGAACUCAAAUAUUCCAUUGCCACCAUCGCUGUUGCCCAAUACAUCUCUACAAUCAAAGACAUGCCUAACUGCAUAUAACCCAACACCUGACGAGUCAUCUGAUGAAAGACAGGAAGUUACUGUAGCAUCUGUGGAAGCUAUGGUCGGAUAA